CUUCAUCGCCCAGCGAAUUUUGCUCGUUUGGAUGUCGUAGCCAAAACUGAACGCUUUCCUGUUGUAGCGUUCACCAAAGAAGAUUCUCCGUCGUCGUCUCUUCUUCGUGUUGUUCACUAUUAUUUCUAUAUUCUGCUUAUUUUCCGUUUUCACCUCUCUUCUCUUCUCCUUGCAGUAGGUACACACGGAUUUGUUUUCCUUUCGUUGUACGUAAAUUAUUCCGUCUCUUCUUGUUCGUCUUCACUUUCUUUCUCGGCCAUCAACUUGUUGCUCUUGCACUUGUGAAAAUACUUGUAAAUAAUUCUGUCGACUGCUAAACCAUAGCUUGAAACUUUUAUAGCCGUUUUGAUUCAUAAAACUUGUUUAUUUAGAGCAACUAUGUAAUCUUUAGUUUCGCUCAUUACUCGAUUUAUCUAACGCCUACUGGAUAUUUUAAUCUUCUCAUUUGUUCGUUUGUCCUCUCCUCUCCUCUACGUUUCUUGUAUUUUCAAUAAUCAUGACGUCGUUCCAAGUUGAUGAAGGCUGAUCAAUGAGGAAUGGACAGAACCUUGAAUCCUGUUAAGAAGAAAAAGCCAAGGGCCAAAUUUGGCAGGAGAAAACAACGAAAACGGAAAUUACUACAUCGAGGCAGGAAGCCUGACUUUGUCCCAUUGUUGGAACGAGGAGAAGAAGAAGAAGACGUGGAUUCCUCCCAACAACAACAACGAGAUCACCUCCACCAAGAAAACCAAGAAAGACUUGAUGUGCACAAUAAUGGUGGUGAUGAUUCUUCUUCAACUACGACUUCGCGUCCACUAAAACCAUCAUCAUCGUCAUCAACAUCGAUGCUUGAAACUGUAGUGACCAGUAGAUCUAAACGACUCCGUGCAGCAACAUCAACACAAAUCGCUUACACCGACAGAAAAACCCGCAGCACGUCCUCCUCAUCUUCAAGUCAGAUUACAAAUCUGUUAUUGUCCAACAUUUUGGAAACAUUUGGUGAGGAAUCUUUUUCCGCAACGACAACAACAACCCCAGCGGAUGAAAGGAUUGUAAUAAAGAUUGGAGAGAACGCUUCCGAGAUUCCAAGCAUUCCAAUAAGAAAAGUUCACUCGAAUGGAGAAAGUCGUAAAGAGGGAAACGAGGACGACGGAUACGACGACGAGACCAGCCAAGACCCCGCUUUUCUUCCGGAGACGAACGGUUGUGACGACACUUUUGAGAAUGAGAACAGUAUUGGUGACAACUUAGUGGUUGUCGCGAGGACUGACGACGAAAGUGGUGGUGGUGGUAAUGGAACUCGAAGUGGAGAUGUUAUCGUAGAGAAUAAUAAUAAAUCCAUGAAAAGUGAACUAAAGGAAGACGAGGAGGAGACUGACGAAGCCAGUAUUAUCCAGCCGUCAGUUGAUCAAGGGGAGAAAGGUAAAGAGAAAAUUACUGGACUGGACGUUAGAAAUAAGCACGGGCCAGAGCACGUGUCACGGAAAAGAGUGACGAAAAACAACCAAAGCGAGUCCGGAUUCAGGGUAAAUACGGGAAUUGUGUUGCAACAAAAUGUUCCACAUUCGGGUGGUCCACUUCUCGGGAAGGGUAGUGAAUUUACCUCAAGUAGUGGCCAACAUUUGCAAAAGUUUCCACCCCCCACUAAACUCGUGCAUGGGGGCAGUGGAGGUGGUGGUGGUGGUAAAAAGUUAAAGUUGACCGACGACCGGAAACUUACCACCCUUGCUCCAAUGUUGCUCAUGAAUAAUUUGCCUUACAUGGGCGAACUCACUUUCGACACUCGGCCGCGACGAGGGCGCAAACCCAAAAAGGCGGACAUUUGUCACCUCAUUUCCAAAAAUUAUGGAAUUCAUUUCCCCAACUCGUACACCAACACGCCGUACACGGGGCCCCCAGAGGUCGUUGCGACAACCUUGUCUGCUCAGAAGGGGGGUAGUCUCAUGGGGAAAAGUGUUGGGUUACCUUCCAAAUCAACAAGUGGCAAGCAUUCCUUCAAGAAAAGUAAGGGAUCGUCAGGAGUAUCAUCUUGCCCCCAAACUUGGAAUAUCGUCCCUUCCACACCACCAGCACUACUUCCACUCACUCCAACUGCUGGAAGUACUGCGUCUCGUCAUAAAUCUCGUCUUGCCUCGCCCUCCUCCUCCUCAUUUUUAACCAGACCUCCUUCCUCGUCCAGCAAAAGCUCUGGGAAUAAAAGUGGAAAUACGAAUGGAAAGUGUUUCGAAUCUCAAAAUAGCAAUGCUGCACGAUCGUCAUAUUACGGAACUCUUGGUGCUUUUGAAGAACCUCUAAAUUUAUGUGUUCGUGAUGCAAGCAGCAGUUCUUUGAAAAGUUUUCAGUUGCAGAACCAAUUUAAUUUAAAUUCUUUAAGUAGUAAAAACUGUUCGGAAAUGAUGAACCUCAAGUUACCUCUGCUAGCGUCCAACUUGUUUAGUGACUUUCAGCUAAAACCAGUAUCCUGCUCUCCUGAUAAAGGAACUCAUGAAAUUGUAUCCUCCAGGAAAGGCAGCAAAGGGGUGGAAGUUGGCUCAAAAAAGUUCAAGAGCAAUAAUUCUAACGCGACGACAAACAGUUUUGUGAACAUUGAUGGUGGUAUUGGUGGUGAAAAUAAUAAUGCAAUUCGUGAUUCCGGUCUAGUCAAUCAGCUUAACUUUCAAUUGAAUCUUGCCAAAUGUGCUCAACUCUCUUCUUCGGAACCAUCUUCGUCGUCUCCAUUUCGAAAUAAAUCCUCUCGUGGAGACUCGUUUGGGUUUAUCCUCCCAAAUAAUUCUGGGAUUCCGCAAGUGCAGACGACAAAGUGUGGGAGUAAGAAGACACGCCGAAUACGUGGAGGAGGAUCGUCGUCGUCACACUUGGGUCUCAAUAAACAGCAACAAAUGGGUGGCGAUGCCCCAAUGACAGCAGAACCACCCUCAAGUGCGGGAGGUUCUCUAUUUGGCCAGACGGAUUCGGGGUCAAGUUCAGGCGCUCAAGUGUCGAUAUGCAAGUUCAAAUUCACCGGAGGAGCGAAACCUUCCCUUCAAGAGAAGAAAAUGUUGUCGGUCGACUCUGGAGGUAAUUUCAGAUUUUACACAGACAAGGAUAAAGUCGGAGGAUCGUCUACAGUCAAGUCAGCCAAGGCUCAAAGCAUACUCUCGUCCUCCUCUACUUCCGGAGAUGGAGAAAGUCGGACGGAGCGAGAAACAAAUCAAGGAUGUCACUACGCAUAUUCAGCUUUGCCAAAAAGUGCGAAAUCCAUGUCGGUGUGCAUGCCUGUGAGACCAUCUUCUCUAAAACCUUCAUCCACGUCUCAACAAGUGGUCGUCGAAUCAUCGUCUGCAGGGUCUUCUUCGAAAAUACCCUCCUCAACAGCAACCCAUGGAAUCUCGUCGUCCUCAUCUUCUGCUGGCUUCAGUAUUCAGCAACAACAACAGGGUAGCGGCAUUACUCCUUCAGUUCAAGACCUAAACAACCUCCUGGAUAUUCAUGGACGACUCGCAUUUCCAUCCUCGUCUUCCUCAAUGUCUCAAUUUCCCAUCGGGGGAGAGGAUGGCUAUUCGAGUUCGCAAUCUUCUGAAUCUGGUGGUGGUGGUGGGGUACCAAGUGGGAGUCAUGCCUCUCUCAAUGGUGGGGGUGCCGCCACACCUUUCGAGCUAGAUGCGUACAAGACGAGCCGGAAGUUGUUGCGUCUCAAGAGGAAACGGAGAACGAGGAAGAGUUUGAUGAGAGAAAAGCUAGAGAAGACUUUCAAAGAGAAGGGCUUCCUCAUCCAGACGCAACAACUCGAGUCUGCCGAAGGGGCCACGUACUGCAAGUUCCGACAGCUUCGGAAGUUUACACGAUACUUGUUCCGCAGUUGGAGAGACUAUUUACCCGACAACGUGAAGGAUAUUAAUAACAGCAACAAUUGUGGUAGUGGUGGUGGCCAGGUCCAAGAUUCGUCUGGUGGUGCAAGUGGGUCUGUCAACCCGACUGCUACAACUACUUCAGGAGAAGCUGAAGAGGACGGACCGGAAGAUACAAGGAUUGUUGACGCCGACGUGGAUCUCAGCACCACUACGACCAACUCCCAACUCCACCCGUCCUCAGUUUUCUCUGACGACGAUUGUGACGAGGACGAGGAGGACGAAGAUGACGAUGAAAUGAUGACAAACGAGCUGGUGCCCGAAGUGACACUUAUCACACAGCCAUCAUCUCCCGCAACAAUCCCGGAUGACAACAAUACCUCGUUUGACGAUGGGAGUGACGACGAGGUGGACGUGGAGCAGAUUGACGACAGGGUAGGAAGAGACUUUAGCAGUGACGACAAUAACAACAACAAUUCUCCUCCGACGUCUCCCUCUCAUUCAUAAAAGUACAUUUAAGUAUAAUAGCGAAAUAUGCACGAGAAAAAGAACAAUUUUGUCGCCAUGUUAUAUAUUUAUGGAUAAAUAAUGAGAAUAAUUUACCCAAAGAUAUCAUCAAACCAACAAUGACAAUUGACAGCUCAUAAAUCACGCCCUUCUUGUGCCUCCGUGCGCGGUAUCUUCCGUCAUCAUAUUCAUAAUGACUGAUCCCCUCGCAAGAGUUAUCCAACAAAACGACAUUUUAUCCUCGGUAUCAUCCGUCGAAAUCAGACAUUCAAAUAAUGCAAAUAGUACUUCAUUUCAUAUUUCUUUCAUGUGACAAUGUUGUCGUCAAUAGUUCAUGGAGAGAGACCUAAGCAGCAUCCGCAUAUCUGCCUCCCUCACUCUCAGAAUCAUUUAUCUUGAUUGGGCGAAGUGUAAUUGGUACGAGGGAAAAAAAUCAUUUAUACUCACACAGCGUGUUAAAAUGAGCAAUGAAUCGUGUGACCAAACAACCAACGAAUCGAUACUUUACUCCUAUUGUUGUGUUUGACAAGUCGAUUUAAAACUCAAGUCAGUAAGUCACCCUGCCCCAUGGGUUAUUAUAUUAUCAAAUAAGUAUAAUAAUAAUAGUAGUGUUUAGUUAAUAGUGAGUGCGUGCGUGGUGUAUAUUAUUAUUAUCAUCGUUAAUCCUAUUAAACAACAACAGCAAAAAGAGGACAAAUAAAAUAUGAGACUUAACCCUUACAAUUUUUCUGCCAAUA